AUGUGUGAUAGCGAUGAUCCCGGUGACCAACACAGUGGUAUGGAUUUAACUGGGUUUUUGUUUGGUAACAUCGAUGAAAGAGGUCAACUCGAAGAUGACGGUCUACUUGAUGGAGACUCCAAAAAAAUGCUCGCAUCCCUCAACCGCUUGGGCCUUGGGUCUAUGUUGUCCGAGGUCCUUGAUGCUGAAGAACCUAUCAAGGAAGAAGAAGAAAAAGAUUACAGUCAAAAAAGCCCAUCAGCUGUAGAUUUCUUUGAUAUUGAUGACGCUGUUGAUGAUGACAUCAAGGAAGAGGAAAUUAAAACAGGUUGGCAAGAGCAAACUACAGAUACCAUUAACAAAAACACUCAAAAACAGAAGCAGGAUAUAUUAUCAGACAUUGAUUCAGAACAUUAUUUACACAAUAAUGACAGUAUUGAACCUACAGAUUGGAAAGAUAAUGUGACGAGUGAUAAUGACACAAAGCAAGUAUAUGAGACAAGAAAUGAUGAAGGAUAUGAGGGUGACAUGGAAGGUGAUGAUGGACUCAUGCCACCACCUAGUAGCGUUCCUAGACAAAAGAAUGAAAAGCCUAAGAAACUUGAAACACCCCUAGCUGCAAUGCUUCCAUCAAAAUAUGCUAAUGUUGAUGUAACUGAACUGUUUCCAGAUUUUAGAGCUGACAAAGUUUUAUUAUUCUCCCGUCUUUUUGGCCCUGGGAAAUUGUCAAGUUUACCACAAAUAUGGCGUGGUGUAAAAAAACGACGGCGGCGCAAACGUAGUGGCAGUACCAGCUCCGAUACACCGCCUCAGGCCGAGACACAAGAUCCACAGUAUGCCAGCGAUGAUGAAGAAAAAUUUCUUAAGCCAAUGGAAGAGAACCAACAUUCAUCACUACAUGACAGUAAUGCAUCGGGAGACAGAAAUGAUAAAAGCCAAAGAGUUACUCCAGCUCACUGGAGAUUUGGUCCGGCACAGGCCUGGUAUGACAUGCUCAAUGUGCCAGAAACAGGAGACGGCUUUGACUAUGGAUUCAAACUAAAGGCACCGUCUCCGGAUCGCGAAGAGAAACCCAUAGAAGAGCCAGUAGACGAUCAAAAUACAGAGAGUGCGGACAGCGGGUUUCCAGACGAUUCUUUUCUUAUGGUAUCCCAAUUGCAGUGGGAGGAUGACGUCAUAUGGGACGGAAAUGAAAUAAAACAUAAGGUAUUGGCGCGCCUUAAUAGUAAAAGUAACGCAGCAGGGUGGGUCCCAACCUCAGUGAGUCGUACAGCGCAGCAGUUCUCACACCCGCGACCCCACAUCCCGCACACUCCACACACACCAUUACCUACCACCCAACAUAAGACACCCACUUCAAUAGCAUCUACAAGCCAAGCGAAUGCGGACGGUGAAGACAACACAUGGUACAGUAUAUUCCCCGUUGAAAAUGAAGAGCUGGUGUAUGGGACGUGGGAGGACGAGGUCAUCUGGGACCCUGAGAACAUGCCAAAGAUACCAAAACCCAAGAUAUUGACCCUCGACCCCAAUGACGAGAAUAUUAUAUUGGGAAUACCUGAUGACGUUGACCCUUCCAAGAUUACACGAGAGCGAGGCCCUCAGCCAAAAGUAAAAAUUCCACAUCCACACGUAAAGAAGUCGAAAUUACUAUUGGGCAAAGCUGGUGUCAUCAACGUAUUGCAAGAAGAUGCGCCUCCGCCGCCGCCGAAGUCACCUGAUAGGGAUCCCUUUAAUAUAUCUAAUGAUGUAUUUUAUCAGACGAAAUCGCAGAAUCCACGGUUGAAGGCUGGUGGGGGACAGCUAAUCCAACACAGUACACCCGUAGUCGAAUUGCGAGCGCCCUUCAUACAAACGCACAUGGGACCAGCCCGGCUUCGGGCCUUCCAUCGACCAGCCUUGAGAAAGCUCGCGUAUGGUCCAUUGGCCGCGCCUGGACCUCACCCAGUCCAGCCAUUGAUUAAACAUAUACGGAAGAAGGCUAAACAACGUGAAGCCGAGCGAUUGGCCUCUGGUGGCGGUGACGUAUUCUUCAUGCGUACACCCGAAGACCUAAGCGGGCGUGAUGGCGAAUUGGUACUCCUAGAAUUCUGUGAGGAACACCCACCGCUAAUAAGCCAAGUGGGAAUGUGUUCGAAGAUCAAGAAUUACUACAAGCGAACAGCUAUCAAGGAUACCGGACCCCCGCCGCUGAAGUACGGCGAAGUUGCGUACGCACAUACGUCCCCGUUUCUUGGGAUCUUACCUCCUGGUGCUACACAGUCUGUGGUCGAGAAUAAUAUGUACCGAGCGCCUAUUUACAACCAUACAUUGCCACAGACGGACUUUCUGGUUAUUCGGACAAGACAAGCGUAUUACAUACGAGAAGUGGAUUCAUUAUUUGUCGCUGGUCAAGAGUGUCCAUUGUAUGAAGUACCUGGUCCCAACUCGAAAAGAGCUAACAAUUUUGUUAGGGAUUUCUUACAGGUUUUCAUAUACAGAUUGUUUUGGAAGUCGCGUGAUAAUCCUCGCCGUAUUAAAAUGGACGAUAUAAAGCGAGCAUUUCCGUCGCAUUCGGAAAGUUCGAUUCGUAAACGGCUAAAACUUUGUGCUGACUUCAAACGAACGGGUCUUGAUUCUAACUGGUGGGUAAUAAAACCAGAAUUCCGUCUACCCUCGGAAGAGGAAAUUCGUGCGAUGGUUUCCCCUGAGCAGUGCUGUGCCUACUUCAGUAUGGCAGCGGCGGAACAGCGCCUUAAAGAUGCUGGUUAUGGAGAAAAGUUCAUCUUCACACCGCAAGAGGAUGAUGAUGAAGAGUUGCAACUUAAAAUGGAUGAUGAGGUGAAAGUAGCUCCAUGGAACACGACACGUGCCUACAUUCAGGCGAUGCGUGGCAAGUGUUUGCUCCAAUUGACGGGGCCGGCUGACCCAACAGGGUGCGGCGAAGGUUUCUCGUACGUGCGCGUACCAAACAAACCCACUCAACAGCCCAACGAGGAACAACAGCCUAAGAGAACUGUCACAGGAACGGACGCCGACUUGAGAAGACUUAGCUUGAACAAUGCUAAAGCUCUGCUUAGGAAGUUUGGCGUGCCCGAGGAAGAAAUCAAGAAGCUCUCUCGUUGGGAAGUAAUUGAUGUAGUGAGAACGUUGUCUACGGAAAAAGCAAAGGCCGGUGAAGAGGGUAUGACGAAGUUCUCGCGUGGAAACCGCUUCUCUAUUGCAGAACAUCAAGAAAGGUACAAAGAAGAAUGUCAGCGCAUAUUCGAGCUCCAAAACCGAGUACUUCAAAGCACUGAAGUACUGAGUACUGACGAGGCUGAGAGUUCUGUCAGUGAAGAGUCCGACUUAGAGGAAAUGGGCAAAAACCUUGAAAAUAUGCUCGCCAAUAAGAAGACCACAGAACAGCUGACACUAGAAAGAGAGGAAGCUGAGCGCGCUGAACUUCGGAAGAUGAUACUUGGACAAUCAGAGAAGAAGCCACAGAUCAAUCAAAGCGAUCAGCAGUCAUCAAAUCAAGGUCGCGUACUCCGUAUCGUACGUACGUUCCGCAACGCAUCGGGUCAAAGGUAUACGCGAGUUGAGUUGGUUCGUAAAGCGGCCGUACUUGAAGCCUACGCUAAGAUUCGUUCAACAAAGGACGACGCCUUCAUCCGGCAGUUCGCAACUAUGGACGAGACGCAGAAGGAAGAGAUGAAGAGAGAAAAGAGAAGAAUACAGUGUGGUGCUUGCGGUCAAGUGGGACACAUGCGUACAAACAAGGCGUGUCCCUUAUACACGGGCGGUGGGCCAAGCUCGCCUGACCGUGAUGAACGGGACGAUCGCGAUGAUCGACUCGAAGACACGCUGGAUGAAGAUACAUCUUACGUCGAUGGCACUAAGCUCACGCUACCCUCCAAGAUUGUGAAGCAAUCUGCGGAGGAAUUCCGUCGUCGUAGCGGCAGUCGUCGCGGUGAAGUCCGAGCGGGCGGACGGAACCGAAGACGUCCCACUGCCAGCGAAUCAUGCGACUAUCUCGUUAAGAGACCAGCUGAAAGGCGCCGAACCGACCCACUCGUUACGCUGUCGUCGCUGCUGGAAGAAGUCCUCACUACAAUGAGACAUUUGCCGGACGUGCAGCCUUUCCUGUUCCCUGUUAAUCAAAAGCUGGUAGCGGACUACUAUCGCGUGGUGACCCGUCCCAUGGACCUGCAGACGAUUCGUGACAAUCUACGUCAAAAGCACUACCACAGCAGGGAAGAGUUCCUCGCUGACGUAAACCAAAUUGUCGAAAAUUCCAACUUAUAUAAUGGUGCAAACAGUAGCUUGACAGUGGCCGCUCAGCGGAUGAUGCAGAGAUGUUUCGAGAAACUCGCUGAAAAAGAGGAACAGUUUAUGAAACUCGAAAAACAAAUUAACCCGCUGCUUGAUGAUAAUGAUCAGGUGGCGCUGUCCUUCAUCUUCGAGAACCUCCUCACUACCAAACUAAAGAUAAUGCCCGAAGCUUGGCCCUUCCUGAAACCCGUCAAUAAGAAGCAAGUAAAGGACUAUUACAAUGUUAUCAAGAAACCUAUGGACAUGGAGAGCAUUGGAAAGAAAAUUCAAGCUCAUAAAUAUCACAGCCGUGCAGAAUUUCUGCGCGACAUUCAGUUGUUAGUGGACAACUGUCGCGCGUACAACGGACUGAAUUCGCAGUUCACGAGGCAGGCGGAAGCCGUGCUGCAGGUCACGCAGGAGUCGUUGGAUCAGUUCGACGAGCACGUGAGCCAAUUAGAGGCGAACAUUGCGCGAGUGCAGCAGAAAAUGCUGGAGGAAGUGGACCACUCUGAUACUGAAGAAGAAAUGCCAACCCAUGAUGACGUGAAGCGAGGCAGAGGUAGACCUCGUAAGCACAAGCCACAGUCACACGCAGAUGAUGCGACUCCGAGGAAACGUGGCCGUCCAAGAAAGGAUCAGAACAGUUUGGUUGAUGAUCUUCAGUACUCAGACAGCGGAAGCUCAGGCCUCGAAGAAGUGGAACAGAAGGAUGGUACUAUGCUGCAACUUUCGCUUAGACAAGAUGAAGAAGCGGGCAGCAGCGGUGUGAGCGGAAUGGGUGGAGUGUCUAUAAAGAGAGAAGUGCCGGAUGAGGCUCCGCGUUCAGACGAAUUGGUUGACGUUGAGAAUCACAACCUGCAUUACUCCUACCCUAUCAAGGAGGAGCCCAUAGAUCUGGAUAUGAGUAUGGACCCUCCCAUGGACAGCAUGGGGAUGGGAAUGCCAGACAGUGCGGGUAUGGGUAUACCUCCAGAGCCUCCGCGGUUCAAAGAAGAACCGCCUGAAAACUGGCAGCCGGAGCCUGCCAUUCAAGAUGACCUUCAAGUGACUGACAGUGAAGAGGAACCAGAAGAUGGACUGUGGUUCUAG